UGAAAACCCGCCAAAAAAGAGGGAGACACCGUCCGCGAAAAUUUCCCUUGGUGUCCUGACUAGGCCGAAAGUGUCAAGAUUUGGCCAUGAAAACCGGGAACUCGCCCGUUUUUUGUGUAUAACAUAACCGGGACAGGGACGUUUCACGUUUUUAUUUUCAAAAUGGCGGGUGUUGUUUUUGAAGACAUAUUUGAUGUAAAGGAUAUUGACCCUGGUGGUAAAAAGUUUGAUCGAGUCUCUCGAUUACAUUGUGAAAGUGAAAGUUUUAAAAUGGAUCUAAUAUUAGACGUCAACACGCAGUUAUAUCCAGUGGACCUUGGUGAGAAAUUCCGUCUCGUUCUUGCGACGACGCUAAAAGAGGACGGCACACCAGACGACGGUGAAUACAACCCGGUCGACACAGGCCCAUCAAGAGCAGACCAAUUUGAAUACGUGAUGCAUGGUAAAGUUUACAGAAUUGACGCAGAGAAUGCUGGAAGUGAUCACCAUAGCAACAGGCUAUCUGCGUAUGUUUCAUAUGGUGGUCUUCUUAUGCGUCUACAAGGAGACGCCAACAAUCUGCAUGGCAUGGAAAUCGAUCAAUACGUGUACCUACUAAUGAAGAAGAUAGCAUUUUAAUUUUGGUUGUUACCAUAGCAAUGAGCUUGAAGUAGGUCUCGUUUUGAGAUCCGAUCCGAUAACCAUCUGCAGGCCGUAAAAAAUUUCUGCGAUGGUAAUACUGUUGUAAAGAAAAGAGAGACAAACGACAGAUUGGACAUGUCUGCUAUACGCUUUGUAUUUAGGUUUCUUUGUAAAUUCGUUAUUAAAACCUAUCUGCAUGAUUAAGGAGAUACUUCACAGUUAUCAUGA